AGGAUACGAAGGGUUCUUCGAUGCGCCACCGACCCAUUCGGGAGGAUUUUUUCGAUCUCCUAAAGAAACCUAUCUUUUUGACAAUCUAACAAGGUCUGUUACUUACCAUCAUCACUCUCCUUCUUUCCCCUCUCUCUCCUUCCACGAUAUUUGGUCUCAUGGUUCUCCUCUGUCGGUGAAACAAUUGCUAAACCCUAAUUGUUUCUUACUUGUCUUGUGGUAAGUGAUUGAACAAACACCACACGCUUCUUACGUUUGAUUUCUGUAAUGUUGGAUUGUGUCAUCAUUAAAUUACUGUAAAUUAGUAUUUACAUGAUUUGAUCGGAGAGAUCUGAGGGAUAUUUUAUUGGAGUAUUGAUUAGGAAAAGGAAAAAAAGAUUGUGUUUUUCGCGAGGAAUUAGAUAUAUGUCCGUCAAUCAAUCGAGGGGUGAUAAAAACGAGCCGUCACAGAACAGAAGAUCGGGUCGAUCUGGUAACCCCGCUUCGCAAAGGAACUUUCAGGGUGGUGGCGGGAAGGGUGGCGGCGGCGGCAGCACCAACGCCCCUCCAUCCUCUUCGUAUUAUACUGGUAAAAGCUUCAAGAAGGUGGACAGUAAUGCACAAGGAGUACAGUCCAGGGUAACAGGUCCUCAUCCUCAUCCGAAUGUGAAUUUGGGUUCCUCAAAUUCCUCUACUCUUGGAAUAGCUGUACAGAAUGGUGCACAUAUUCAACCGCCAUUAAGGGGAACACCUGAUGCUCCAUUUACGGGUGCCACUUUAAAGCCAGCUGAUGCAUCAAUCCAGAAAAGCACCCCAGGCUUGCCAAAAGCUCCACAGAGUAAUGCGACUCCUCCCAGCUAUGGCACUAUUGGCGCCACAGGUCCUGUAACUCCUGUUAAGGGAUCGACAGAUGGCUCUAGGCCGUUUCCUCUUCAAUUUGGCUCUAUCAGUCCAAGUGUUAUGAAUGUAAUGCAGGUACCUGCUCGAACCAACUCUGCCCCACCAAAUUUGGAUGAGCAAAAACGUGCCCAGGCACGUCUUGAUUCCUUAAAAACUAGUUCAUUUCCAAAUCCAGCUGUUCCAAAACAGCACUUAACAAGGAAAGAUGUUGGGGCCAUUGAUCAGUCUAAUGCUGGUGAGGCCCAUCCUACCCCAAAAGAAAAGAGGGAUCUACUGGGUUCAACCGCCCCUGUGUCAGCCCACAUUCAGAAGCCUUCUGGUCCUCCUAGGCCUUCUGUAUCCAGGGUUUCCGUGCAAAUGCCGUUUCACCAAUCUCAACUUCAUCUUCCAUUUGGUGGCCCAAAUCCACCAAUGCAAUCCCAGGGAAUGGCAAAUACGGUGCCGCUCCCCAUGCAUUUACCUGUCGCCAAUCCACCACAAGUGCCACAGCAGGUAUUUGUUCCGGGCAUUCCACAUCAUCCAAUGUCGUCUCAGGGGAUCAUUCAUCAAAAUCAAGGCAUGAAUUUCUCGUCUCAGAUGGGCCCGCAGCUCGGAAAUAUGGGAAUGGGUUUAGGACCUCAAUACCCACAACAGCAGAUGGGAAAUUAUGGCGGUACACGCAGAACCGUAAAGAUCACUCACCCAGACACUCAUGAAGAGCUGCGGCUAGAUAAAAGGACCGAGUAUGUGAAUGGUGGGUCCUCUGGUCCAAGGUCACACCCUCAUGGGCUGUCUCAGUCGCAGGCAAUUCCGUCAUUUCCCCCUGCUUCCAUGAACUAUUAUUCAAAUCCUUACAAUGCCAGCUCUCUUUUUAUCCCACUACCUGGUUCUAAUCCUUUGACUAAUGCGCAGACCACUCCUGGUUCCCAGGCACCGAGGUUUUAUAAUCAGAACGCGUUUAAACAGGUGACAGUAAAACCAGCAAUUAGUGCACAUGGAGAAAAGGUUGGUGACUCGUCAUUGGCUGGUAGCUCACCGCCCAUGGAUAAAUGUGAGAUUUCUGAAAUUCAAAAGGCGGGUGGGGAAGGUGCCUCCACUCAUCCUCAUAAAAAUCCUGAGCCAAUUGCUAUUAAGAUAGCCACAUCAAGCAAACCAUCUGUUGCAGCAUUUGGGUCUUUGAAAUCCGAGAAUUUGACUGAUGACUCUAUCUCUUCUGCUUCUCCUGCCACCGUUGAGGAUUCCACGGCACUUGUGGAUAGUGGGUCUGAAGUUUCAAACAAAGCAUCGGUUAAUAGGUCUAGCUCUUUCAAAGAGGAACAAACGCAGCCGGGCAAAAAUGCCCAGUCUAUCCCCAUAGAUAAGCUUGGUGGGCAAUCGUCCUCUGUUAUAAGUUCUUCGGUAGGAGAUCAUGGUUCCCUUCACAGUGGAGUUCAUGAAACAUCAAAGUCCUCAACUCCUUUCUCAGGACCCGACAAAGAUGUGUUAGAAAGUAGCAACAAAGUAGUGCCCUCAACCAAUGAAGGCGACCGCAACUCUACCGAAGUUAUUGGUUUUGGAACUAAUUCUAAUAACGCCCCUAAGGUUGAAGGGUCAGUGGCCGAGAUUGUGGGGUCAAGCGAACGAGAAAAAGAUUCUGUUGAUCAAAAUCAACAUACCACUGUCCCAGAUGUAACUGCUGCUGGCACCGAGAUUGGAUUGGACACCAAACAUUUAGUCUUAAGCGAGCCUGCCUCCUUGGUGACUCCCGAUGCACAACAACAAGAACCUGUAAAUAAUGUUGAUGGAAAUUCAUCGGCAUCAAUUGCCACUUCCGAGCUUGAUGUUCUUACUGCAGGAACUUCCUCACUGAACUUGGGUUCUUCUCAUGGUGAUAAGAUCCCAAGUUCGGAUAAUUUGGACGAUCAUUUAAGUAGUUAUGACUGCAAGAUUGAUCACCAUGCUGAUAGUAUAGAAUCUGUUCCGUUAGACGAGGAAUCACAUGCUGUGUUGGUUUCUGUUCCAGUGACUUUACCUUUGACUUUAGAAGUAGAGGGUAUCAUGAGCAAUACCACUGGUUUGAUUUCUCCCUCGUCUUCAGGUUUGCUUGAAACCAGUAAGGGGAAGGGUAAUAUAGCUAAAGGGAAGAAGCUUUUAAAAGAAAUCUUGAAAAAUGCCGAUGCUCGAGGGACAACUUCUGAUCUUUAUAUGGCUUAUAAACGUCCCGAAGAAAAGAAAGAAACUUCUUCUGAAAUCGUUGGAUGCUCUUCUGACAUUCCAACAAAGCAGGCGUCGGUUGAUUCUUCUGAGAAAGAUGUUACGUCUGAUGAAAAACGUGGUCACAGCAAGUUUGAGCCCGAUGAUUGGGAAGAUGCGGCCGACAUUUCUACUCCCAAACUGGAAACAGACGAGAAACGGGUUCGCGCAGAUUUGAAACAUCGCAGUGAGGAUGACAAUGAUGGAAUGACAAAGAAGUAUUCCAGAGACUUCUUACUGAAAUUCUCGGACCACUGUACCGAUCUUCCUGAAGGUUUCGAGAUUACAACCGAUGUAGCUGAAGCAGUGAUAGUGUCAAAUGUCAAUGCUCAUCGUGAACCAUUCCCGAGCCCUGGUAGAGGUGCUCCAGCAGCGGGACCACGGCUAGACCGUCGUUCAAGUAAUGUAGGUGAUGACGACAAAUGGAAUAAAUUACCCGGGUCUUUGGGUGCAGGCCGAGACAUGAGACCCGACAUGAUCUAUCCCGGAAGUGCUUAUGCAGGUGGUUUUCGACCUCAUGGAGGUAACUUUGGUGUCUUAAAAACCCCACGAGGUCAGACACCUAGUCAGUACUCUGGUGGCAUUCUGGCUGGGCCAAUCCCCUCCCCUGGUCAGGCGGCUAUGCAACGUAAUAAUUCUGAUUCUGACAGGUGGCAACGUGGGACAGGUUAUCAGAAGGGCUUAAUACCCUCUCCACAGACUCCAAUGCAAGUGAUGCAUAAAGCCGAGCGGAAGUAUGAAGUUGGUAAGAUAACAGACGAAGAACAUGCAAAGCAGAGGCAAUUGAAAGGUAUUCUGAACAAAUUGACUCCUCAAAACUUUGAGAAACUCUUUGAGCAAGUUAAAGAAGUUAAUAUCGACAAUGCCGGUACUCUAUCCGGAGUGAUCGAUCAAAUAUUCGAUAAGGCCUUAAUGGAACCGACUUUUGUCGAGAUGUACGCCAAUUUUUGUGCCGGUCUUGCCGUAGAAUUGCCGGAUUUUAGUGAAGAAAACGAGAAGAUCACUUUUAAAAGAUUACUAUUGAACAAAUGCCAAGAGGAAUUCGAGAGAGGGGAAAGAGAAGAACAAGAAGCUAAUCGAACGGAGGAAGAAGGCGAGGUUAAGCAGACUGAAGGACAAAGGGAGGAGAAGAGACUAAAGGCUCGGAGACGUAUGCUGGGUAAUAUUCGACUUAUCGGUGAGUUAUACAAGAAGAGAAUGUUGACCGGAAGAAUUAUGCACGAAUGCAUAACGAAGUUGUUGGGUCAGUAUCAGAAUCCGGAUGAGGAAGAUCUCGAAGCAUUGUGUAAAUUGAUGAGCACGAUUGGGGAGAUGAUCGAUCACCCAAAAGCCAAGGAGCACAUGGAUGCGUAUUUCGACAUGAUGUUUAAGUUAUCGAAUAAUAUGAAACUUUCUUCACGAGUGCGGUUCAUGUUGAAGGACGCGAUUGAUCUGAGAAAGAACAAAUGGCAGCAAAGACGGAAGGUGGAAGGACCAAAAAAGAUCGAAGAAGUGCAUCGGGAUGCAGCUCAAGAGCGGCAGGCCCAAUCUAACCGACUGGCUCGUGGAUCUAAUUCUAACCAGUCACUUAGGAGGGGUCAGCAGAUGGACUUCGGUCCAAAGGGGUCGAGCGUUUUGCCUUCAAAUUCCCAGACCGGUGGUUUCCGUGGAUUACCCCAACAGCUCCGUGGCUAUGGCAACCAAGAUUCCCGAUUUGAGGAGCGGCACAGUUUUGAGAGUCGGACUUUAUCAGUUUCAACAAGACCCGUAGGCGAUGACUCAAUAACCCUCGUGCCUCAAGGUGGUCUUGCCAAUCGGAUGUCGAUUAGGGGACAGAUGCCCUCACAUGAGAUGCCUAAUGCCACAGAUUCCAGAAGAAUAGUAGCCAAUCCAAAUGGCUAUGGCUCUAUGCCCGAUAGAACUGGUUAUGGCUCACGAGAUGAUUUAGGGUCAAGAUAUGUCCCUGAAAGAUCAGCCCCUCGACCCAUCUUUGACCAGUCAAAUAUACAGGAGCACAAUGUGAAUUACGUGAACCGGGAUAUGAGGAAUACCGGACGGGUUUUCGAACGAGUUCCGCCAUCUUCACCUCCAACACGAGGUGGAGGUCGGGUGUCUACGCCCCCACAACUCGGUUCAGACAAGGUUUUGUCUGAAGACCGAUUACAUGAUAUGUCCAUUAAGGCUAUUAGAGAAUUUUACAGUGCUAAUGAUGAAAAGGAAGUUGCUUUGUGCAUCAAAGAUCUUAACGCGCCAAGUUUUUAUCCAACUAUGAUAUCCAUUUGGAUCGCUGAUUCUUUCGAGCGGAAAGACAUGGAGCGGGAGUCACUCGCUAAACUCCUCGUCAACCUUACAAGAUCUCAAGACGGAAUCAUAACUCAAGACUCGCUUAUCAGAGGAUUCGAAUCCGUUCUAUCAACAUUGGAGGACGCAGUGAACGAUGCUCCAAAAGCACCAGAGUUUCUUGGCCGUAUUUUCUCAAGAAUGCUGCUGGAAAACGUUAUCCCGUAUAAAGAAGCGUGGCGUUUGAUACACGAAGGCGGGGAGGAGCAAGGACAACUCGUCGAAGUAGGCCUUGCAGCCGAGAUUCUUGGAGUCAUUCUGGAGAUCAUUAAAUCGGAGAAAGGUGAUGUUUUUCUGAACAAUCUGCGGGCAGAUUCUAAUCUUGACGUACAAAGCUUUCGUUCACCGACAACUAAACGGACGUCGAGGUUGGACAAGUUUAUUUAGAUCUCAUAAGCAAAGAUGCUCAUUUUAUGGGUUAGAUUUAUAGCAGUGGUAUUGGUGUUGGUAUAUAUAUCUAAGGAGGGUUUUAGGAUCCUUCAUUGUUCUAGAAUUAUCAAAACUCAAAAGAAGAUUUAACUGCAAUGGUGGUUCAAAUGAGCAUCUAGAUUUUACUUGCU